CAGAGCACCCAGCCCGGGAAAGUGUAGCGUGUGUCGGUGGGGGUAGUUCUUAUAAAGUAAAGGAAGUGAUAUAACUGUAUAACUGUAUGAAGUCUGGUGUAUUUUAGGAGAAUUAAUAAAUGACAAGAAACACUUCUUGUUAGUAGAAAAUUACGUUUUAAAGAUUGUUUUAACAACGAAAAUCACACCAUCGUUAUUUAAACUUUUGAGGUAUAGUUUAUUACCUGUGUGUCAUCCUGGACAAACUUUUUUUAUCAGCUGAAGUGCACUGAAGAAAUCAAGCGGCAUUACUUUCCUGCUCAGACAUUCAUUUUGAGAUAAAAAGAUGAGCCGGUACCUAACCAGGCAGAGGAAAAGGCGAGUGUACACUUGGAAUGGAAAACCUACGCUCAUUGACAGGAAACUGCAGUUUUUCUAUUACGAUGGGUUUUUCAUGUAUGCAGAAGGCACUUCAGAAGCCAGUUCUAUAAAGCUCGGCCAGUACAUCUUGAUCGAAGGCGAUGAUGAUGACAAUCCCUUUAUUGCAAAACUACUCAAACUCUACGGCAGUGGUCCUAGGGAAAGAGAGAAUAAGCGAGCAGAGGUGCAGUGGUUUGCCCGAUUCUCGGAGGUGCCCUCUAACAAGAGGAAGAUGUUGGGCAGGGCGCCCCACCCUCAGGAGAUCUUCCUGUAUGACGUGACUAACUGUGACUGUGAAAUAGAUGUGGAGACUAUUCUUGGUGCUGUGGAGGUGAGACAUGUGGAGCCACAAGCCCCCUUCCCAGUGGAGCAGAGCAACGGCACCCUCUACGUCAAGCUGUCCUGGAACGGGAAGGCCUUCAGAGCGGUCACAGCUGAGCAGGUGGGACAGGGCAGUGGGGCUUCUCUGGCCCCUGCUCCCAGAGGCAGCCUGCCCACCCCCGACGUGGCUGUGAUGAAGAGGGCCUUGGCUGGGGCGGUGAGUGUGGGGGUGCCAGCCUCAAGCCAGGCUGAGUCCCACCACUCCUCCUCCAAGUACUCCCAGUCAAAAGGCCUGAGUGCCCGACGGCAGGCCAAGUGUUCUUCCACCCCAGGCGUCCGGAAGAAGCUGCAGCUCAGCAGCCCAGGGAAGUCCGCGGGGGCUCGGCUCACCAGGGAUGAUGUGCUGGAGGAGCUGCUUCACACAGAGAUUGAGAACCAGAAGAGCGAGCUGACAAGCAAGGUUCUUGCCACUCCCCCACGGCCCCUCGCCAUCACUGUCCGCCUUUCCCCCAUCAGAUCAGUCGCCAUCACCUCCCCCGCUGUUCGCAUCUGUCCCCUGCAGGGCGCUCAGGACCCUGCCGGCAGCACCCGUCCCGAUCGGAACCAGGAGUCAGCAAAGGACACUUCUGGAGUUUCUCCUCUGGAUGGGGAAGUGGACAAAGUGAGGGUCUCGACAAGGUCUUCCAAAACCCCCUGCAAGAAAGAGGACACACCCAGGAAAAGUGCUGUGAGACCGCAGAAAAAGGAAGAAGCAAAAGACAACAAUGCAGACACAGAACAGACAGCCAUGACACCCCGGUCCAAGAGAAAGUCUGCAAUGUUAGUGUCCUCGCGCAUCAGAAAGCAGUUAAACCUAUUGAAUGGGGUUCAGGAUGCACAUUCAGAUGUCGACGAUGAUGAAGAUGAGGGGUUCAUUCCAUCUAAGAAGGAUCUGGAAAGCAGCAGUGAAGAAGAGGCGGAAGCGGACAGUGAAGGUGACAGCAUUGCGGAGAAGAAGAGCAGACGUGCUGCAGGGGCCUGCACCCCCAGAGCCAGACGCAAAGCCAGCACUCCGUCCAGAACUCCCCGAAAGACACCCAGUAAAAAGAUCGCCCCCAGUACUCCUCGAACACCACACAAUGCUACUCCCAGCAUUCCCAGCAGGUCCCUGCCUGCCAAGAAGCCUGGGAACAUACUGGAGGAAGCGAGAGCAAGGUUGCAUGUGUCCUCUGUCCCUGAGUCUCUGCCCUGCCGAGAGCAGGAGUUCCAGGACAUCUACAGUUUUGUGGAGAGCAAGGUCAUUGAUGGCACUGGAGGGUGCAUGUACAUCUCCGGAGUCCCAGGCACAGGAAAAACCGCCACUGUCCAUGAGGUGAUGCGUUGUCUGCUGCACGCUGCCGAUCAGGACGAGAUCCCUCCUUUCAACUUCAUUGAAAUAAAUGGCAUGAAAAUGACAGACCCCCACCAGGCAUAUGUACAGAUACUACAGAAACUGACAGACCAAAAAGCCACUGCUGACCAUGCAGCUUCACUGCUGGAGAAACGAUUCAGUACACCUGCACCCAAGAGAGAGACGACUGUGCUUUUAGUGGAUGAGCUGGAUCUUCUAUGGACCCGGAAGCAGAACGUGAUGUACAAUCUGUUUGAUUGGCCCACACGCAGACACGCCAAGCUGGUGGUCUUAGCCAUCGCCAAUACCAUGGACCUGCCCGAGAGGAUCAUGAUCAACCGUGUGGCCAGCAGACUGGGCCUGACCCGGUUGUCCUUCCAGCCGUACACUUUUAAACAACUCCAGCAAAUCAUAACCUCCCGUCUUAACAGGGUCCGAGCUUUCGAGGAAGAUGCUCUGCAGCUGGUUUCUAGAAAGGUAGCUGCUCUGUCCGGGGACGCGCGGCGCUGCCUGGACAUCUGCCGGCGCGCCACUGAGAUCUGCGAGUUCUCCAACAACCGAAAUAGCAGCUCUGGGCUGGUGGGCAUGAGCCAUGUCAUGGAGGCUCUGGAUGAGAUGUUCUCAUCCCCCUACAUCACUGCCAUACGGUGUGCAUCUUUGCAGGAGCAGCUCUUUCUGCGGGCAGUGAUCGCAGAGUUCCGGAGGCUGGGACUGGAGGAAGCCACUUUCCAGCAGGUGUUCCAGCAGCACCGGGCCCUGUGCCGAGUGGAGGGACUGCAGCCGGUCAGCCUGUCGGAGGGCCUGGCUGCCUGUCUGCGGCUGGGGGCCUGCCGCCUGCUCCUGCUGGAGCCCAGCCGCUGCGACCUGCUGCUCCGUGUGCGGCUCAAUGUCAGUCAGGACGAUGUGCUCUACGCACUGAAGGAGGACUAGCCACCAGGGGGCGCUGGUGCGACACUGGGAGGAAAAACCUCCCCAAGCACAGCCAGUACUGGCACCAUUUGAAAGAAAAGAGAGUCCAUCCUAGACCAGAAAAACUGCUACUGGCUGCAUAUUACACCCAUUGAUGAACAUUUCAAAGCACUUUUAAUUUUCUUUGUCAUCAUUUAUAUUUGUCUUCCAUGAACUGAACAUUUAUAGGCAGCUGUGGCCAGUAUUCAGGCUCUGUGCUCCUGCGGUAUAAACGUGGAAGAACCGUCGUGUUUAUUUUUGGUGUUUACAACCUGUGCCAUUCGUGAAGAACAGGGCUAAAUUGAGGACAGUUAUGUGUAUUCUUGUGGGCUCUGCUUCGCAGGAGCAUGUCAUUCCAACAGAGCUGAGCUUAGAAUGCUUUUAGAGAUUCUGCAUUGUGGUGUGUGUCCUUUUAGUGGUUGGCUGUGGAAAACUACCUCAGUGGAAUCCCAUAUCAUCUUGGCUUACAAGAGGGCUUUCACCUAUUCUACUAUUAGUUCUACACCCUCUCUUUUAAGUCGCAUGAAAUGAAAUCUUCAAUCGCAUUUAGAAUUCUGUUUUUGAUCAGGUGAUCGUUUUAAAUCAUCACUUUGACCCAUUAGCUUACUGGAUUUAAAGUUGCUGGUAGAAAAUAAAGAUUGUAAGCAACCUUGGAUUGCAGUUUCUUGUAUUUGGCCUUAUGACCUUAUGACCUUAUGUUGUUUAACUAAGCAAGAACAAGAUUAUUGUUGAAGGGUGUGUAUGAUUAACUUUAACUUCAACUUUUUAGAUUUGUCAUGUGUAAUAAAGAUAUUGGAUAUUA